UUCAAUGCGCGGCUGAUGCGCAAUACGGGAUUCCGACGAGGUGUCUGUGUGGUUCGCGCAUCAUUAACGAGGUUCGUGGAAAGGAGGAGUACGACAGCCUUCCUGGGAAGCGUUUUUUCACGUGCAAGAACUACGAGGAUGAUGGGUUGCAUUUUCGUCAUCCUUGGGUGUUUGGUGUCCAGGAGGAGAUCGAGAGUCUGACAAAACGUGUGAAGGAGUCCGAGGAGGUGACUCUUUUGGUGGCAAAACUCAAUAAACAGAUUGAAACACUGGCGGAACAGGUUCACGACCUCAAUGUCAAAGUACGUGUCCUACAGAAGGUCUGCUUCGACUAAAAAUAGAAGGUCACGGGCAUCAAGUCACAAGUUCGCAGGUCACGGGUAGUGUUUAUGUUUUGUCUGUUUUAUGUCAAGUUGGUCAGAUUGUGUAGCAUUUUCCUUCUGACUACACUUUCUUUUCACUUGUUUCACGGAUGUAAUGAAGACACCCACGGGUGUAUGUACUAAAAACUUGGUUCACGGAUUUGUAAACACCCACGGGUGUAUUUGUAUGGAUGCUCUAUAUAUAUUAUGUCUUUCAUUAUUUGAAAACCUUCACAGAAGAAGGAAAAAACAUAAAAACUCGUUCCCUGUCUUUCUUUAUCUUUCAUUAUCUUUGCAAACCAAAACUAUCAUAAAAACUCAUUCCCCAUCUUUCUUUAUCUUUCAUUUUCUUUCCAAAACACUUGACCAAAUUUACCUAAAACGUUAAACAAUGUCGACCUCGUCAAGUGAUGAAGUCGAUGAAAUUCUAAAUGAAGCCUUUGAAGAAAUUGUGGAUCAACAUCUUGAUAAUUUCAUCGAUUCAGUCAUUAAUGUUCAAGGCAACACCCGGAGUAGACGAGCUUAUAUCGAAAGAGAUCGAGAACAAGGACAGAAACAGCUUUGGGACGACUAUUUUAGUGAUCAUCCUACAUAUUCAGCAGACAUGUUUAGGCGGCGUUUUCGAAUGAACAAGCCAUUGUUCCUCCGCAUUGUCGAUCGCCUAAGUAAUGAAGUUCCAUACUUUCAGCAAAGAAGAAAUGCUCACGGCAGGUACGGACUAACUGCACUUCAAAAAUGUACGGCGGCUAUACGUAUACUAGCAUAUGGUCAAUCGGGAGAUAUGUAUGACGAAUAUCUCCGACUUGGUGAGAGUACAUCACGUUUAUGUUUGGAAAAUUUUACUAACGGAAUAAUAAAUUUGUUUGGAAAUGAGUAUCUAAGAAGACCUACACCGGAGGAUCUUCAACGAUUACUCGAUCUUGGAGAGGCACGCGGGUUUCCAGGUAUGAUCGGCUCGAUCGACUGUAUGCAUUGGCAGUGGAAAAACUGCCCAACGGCUUGGAAAGGCCAGUACACACGUGGUUCAGGGAAGCCGACAAUUGUCUUAGAAGCUGUGGCAUCACAAGAUCUUUGGAUAUGGCACGCAUUUUUUGGAUUACCAGGUACUCUCAACGAUAUCAAUGUUCUUGAUCGGUCACCAGUUUUUGAUGACAUUUUACAAGGUCGAGCACCAAAAGUUAAGUUCAAGGUCAAUAACCACACAUAUCGUAUGGCUUACUACCUUACUGACGGAAUAUAUCCAAACUGGGCAACAUUUAUCCAAUCCAUCCGACUUCCUCAAGGUCCUAAAGCAGAGCUAUUUGCCGAACGUCAAGAAUCUACCCGAAAAGAUGUCGAACGGGCUUUUGGAGUUUUGCAAGCGAGGUUUGCAAUAGUUAAAAACCCGGUUCUACUAUGGGACAAGGAAAAAAUAGGACAGAUUAUGAAAACUUGUGUCAUAUUGCACAAUAUGAUUGUAGAGGACGAACGAGGCGGAUACACUCUAACUGAUACAUCUCAGUUCGAGUCGGGAGAGACAAGCAGAAGUUCCAAGGUGAAAAGUAGAACAAGUUUUAAUGUCGGUAAUAUGCUAGGCAUUCGCAAUGAUCUUCGGGAUUCAGAGAAACAUGAUCGUUUGAAAGCUGAUUUAGUUGAAAACGUUUGGCAAAAAUUUGGUAACGAAGAUUAAUAAAAUUUGUAUGUUCAAGAAUUCUCAAAGUAUUCAAUAAUAUGUAUUUGGAAUAUAUUUGUUUAUGUAAUCUAUUUUAAACAAAAUUUUUUUAAAAAUUAUUAUAUUUUAUUCAUUUAUUGUCAUAUAUUAAAAACUUUAGAAAAUAAAAAAAAUAUUAUUUUAUUCCUAUGAACCCCUUUUUUAGGUUCACCAAUGCAGCAGCACAAUAUGUUGAGGUUCAUCACUAUUUAUGGGACCAUCAAAAAAUUAAUAAAAAAUGCUUAUGAACCCCAAGAAGGGGUUCACUAAUGCAGAUGGUCUUAGGUCUCUGCAGCGAUAUUUCUUUCGGCCGUUAAAAGAUUUUUUUCUUUUUUUUCAGAUUCGAAGCCCUUUUCGGUCUGGUUUUCCACGCUGGUGCUGUGAGAGGGUCUCCUCCUCUUCCUUGUAUUUUCAAGUUUAAGUUGAUUUUCUUGUGUUUGGUUUUUGUUUCUAUGUUGUCGUUUUGGUGUGAUUUUCCGGUGAAGGAUUUUGCCUGGUAUAAAGUGAUGUUGGGAUUCAACGUUGGUAAGUGCACCCUCUGUUUUAGGGGUGUUGAUUUUUUGCGACUAUGGUGGUGUGAGGCUUUGCUGUCUCGUGUGGUUGUAUGAUUUCCUGUUUGGUGUAUGGCAUCUCGUCUACUCCCCUGAAGAAAAUGAGUUCUUGGAAUAGAGACUCAAAUCUUAGGAUUGAGAAGAAAAUUUUGCAUCGGUUUUCACCUACGUCCAUCUAUUCAGAUCUGGGUUUCUGAAACUAUAUUUAUGUGGUUUAUACUUUAUAGUUCAAAUUUGUUCGACGGUAGCUUAAUAAAUACUAAUUCGAAACAAAAUUGAUAAAGACAAUUGAAGAAGAAGGCUUAUCUACACUAUGAAAAUUUUUGUCUUGAUUUUGUUUAAGAUAUUAGAAGUCUAUCUGCUACUCCUGGAACAUGAACAUCUAAUUAAUCUUAUUUCGAAACAAAGACCGGUUUGGUAUUGCUAGUUUUCUAUGCAAAAAGACUAUUAGUUUCUCAUUUUUUUUAUCGUAUUUUUUUUAUUUUGUAAUGAAUUGCAAAUCAUUAUAUCACUAAAACAAAGCAUUAAAAAAAAUAGGGUCACAAACAUUAUAAAAUAGUAUUUAUUUAAAUUAAUUUAACAUUUUUUUAAAAAUGAAUAUUUGACGCCGACAAAAGUUUAGACAAAACUUAACAAAAAUAUAUUUACAAAACUAAAACUGAGAUGUAGUUAAAGCAGUAGGUCCGCUAGAGAUGCAUGAACUUGGCUAAAAGAAAAAAGGCCGUACAAGUCAAGGGUUCAUGCACUUAUAAAGGUCUACAAUACGUGUAUUGAAUAUUAUUAUGAUAAUAGGAUAUAGUUUUUUUUUGGUAAAAUAACAGGAUAUAGUUAAGCAGUCCACUGGAGAUUCUUUAACUCCUCUUGCCUUUUUGGAAAUGGUCUUUUGGUUUCUGUCUUUAGUGUCUAUGUUCACUUAAUUUUACGACCAAGUAUGAAAACCAAAGACUAAUCCCAAAUCUUAGAUUCUACUCCUGCGCCUUGUUUUACUUUUCUUCUAUUUGUAAAAGGCUGUGUAUAUUACAUUGUCCCUUUUCUUAGUUGUGAUAUAUAGUAUUUCAGUAAACUAACUCGAACCUUAGAAUAUUCGUUUUGGAAAAGACACUUAUUAGAAACUUGAUUACGUAUUCACUGUAACUGGAAAAUGAAUCACAUAAUGUGAUGAAUUUACAGAACGAUUCUGGAAAUAAUAUACGUUACCAUAUAACUGGAAAAAUCGUUCAUAAAAAAGAACGUUACCGUAAAAACCAAUAGUCUUAGCCAUCAGAGCAACAGUGUGUUUCCGUGAAUAACACGUUGUUUAUUUGACUUUUAUUUUAUAAAUCAAUAUUUUUAAUUUCGAUGGUUCGAAAAGGCUUUACGUUUCUUUUUGAGAAAUUUCGUAAUAUAACCUUUUUAGUUUAUUUUUACAAAAAUAAGUAAAAUAACUAAUUUUUUAUAUUAAAAGAUAAAAAUAUAUUUAUACUUUAGAGUUAAAUAAUCUAGAUUUACGGUUUUGAAUUACAGGGUUCUGAGGAUAGAUUUUCAAUUUUUUUAAAAUAAAAAAAAAUUAAAAUUAAAAUUUUCAUUAAAAAAAAACUAUGUUGAUAAAAAAAAUUAGAAAACUGUUUUUGUGACAAAAUUUUUAAAAACCUUAUUUAAGAAAAUUGCCCUUUUGUCUUUUAUAUUUUUGUUCAUGGUAGAUGGCCGACCAAACCAAAGAGGACUUGUCCGUGAGUAUAAUAUAAUAAAGUUUCUAUUGAUUCACGUAUCCUCCUGAUGACGAAUUCGUUGAAGUCGUAUAGGCAAUGCGGUGCACGAAUGUGUCUUUAGAUAAGAUAAACAAAUGAAGCAUUCAUCGUAAUUUUUUUUCCUGACAAAGAAUUCAUCGUAGUUUCAUACUAGUAUUCCUGUCAAAUUAUUGUUUUUCUGCCAAUGAUGUCGUAACUACCUUUUUAUAACAUUGACUAUAAUAGCACGUUGCUUUUAAACAGUAGACUGAAACUUAACUGAAAAACAAAGAAAAUAUGAACCCAUUUUUAUUUUAUUUUUAUUUCUAAAAAACAAGCACUGUAGCAUAUAUAAAAAAAUAUAACAGUUUAGGGGAUUUUUAGUGGUGGUAUCUCAAUAAGUUUUUUAAUUAAAUAAAUUGAAAAUUGAAAAACUAAUAAAAAGAAAGAGAACAAGAAACGUUUUUUGCCUGAAUUUUUUUAAAAGAAAUGUCAGAUUUUUUGCCAAUUGCGAAUAUGAUCAAACAGAGUUCCAAAAAGAAAAAGAAAAGUGAAUAUGAUUAAACUAAGUUCUAACUGGAAGAAGAGUUAUUCCGAUGGAAAACUUCAACCGACCAUGUCUGGUUUACAUAGGAAAAUAAAACGGUUUAGAUCAUUUUUAUGUGUCAUAUAACUGGUUCACGUCUUUUUACAUUUGAACAAUAAUCCAUAGUUUAAUUAUAUUAUUAUUUACGUAAGAAACUCAGUAAAGCUAUCAUAUUGAUAAAGAUGCUUUUAGUCAUCUAUUGUGUUAUUGAAAUCAUAGUUCUAUUAAUCGAUUUUACCAUGACUGGUAAGCAGUGUUCUUUCAAUUUGUUUUGCCCUUUUCUCAUGGCGGGGAAACCAACGGACAUUAUCUGCUUAAUAUGUGUAAAGCCCAUAUUGUAUUUUAUUAGUUGUUUGAACCAAGCUCCUAUAAUUUCUUACAUCUUGCUAAGAGCCCAAACUUUAAAAGGCAUAACUGAAAGCACAUAUUUAACAUCAAACUUACAAGUUACAACCAAUCCCAGCUCCCUAUCUCAUACCAGUCAAAUAUCGGGGACCUCCAUCUUUAUCUAGUAUCCUACUACAUAAUAUGCAUGCAUUUUGUGGCCAUCAUGUCAUAUAUCUCUAUACCCGUAAAGUCUCCAAAAUUGUUAUCAAUAUCUAUAUACAGCGGCGGACCCACGUGUAGUGAUGUAAGGUCACUUGACACCAUAAAAACAAUAAAAGCUAAAAUUUUAAGCUAUGUUCAACAGACACUGGCAGUUUUGGUUGAAAAAGUAGUAAAAAAACCCACAAACCCAGGUACAAUUUCCUCAAUGACCUUUAUUUUACUACUCCCUAUUUUUUUUUUAAAAUGUAUAUUCUAGACUUUUCAUAUAUAUUAAAAAAACUCAUUAAAUAUGCAUUGUUUUUUGUGAAUAACAAUUUUUCAUAACUUUUAGCUAAUAGAAAUUCAAUAAACAUUAUUAAUUGUUUUGAAACUUACAAUUUUUCAUAAAAUCAUAUAUUAAAAAAGUAAAAAAUAUAUCUUUUUGAAACAAUUUUUUUUUCAGAACAUACAUUUUUUAGGAACAGAGAGAAUAUUUUUUAUAUUUAUGACCCCACAUAAAAAAAAUUAUGGGUUUGUCGUUGUCUAUAUACUAAAACUAUAUACAAGUACACAACACACCUUUUUUUUGGUAAAACACACAUACAUACAUUACUACAUAAUUAUUGUCACGAUUAUCUCAUAUUAUAUACUAUAUAUCUACACCGGUAGAUUCUCUACAUGUGAUCAAUGUAUAGGUUGUGGCGAUCGUUACAUCUACACCGCUAGAUUUUCAAAAUAUGUUGUGUAUAUAUAGUUUGUUGCGAAUCGACAUCUACACCGGUAGAAUCUCUAAUAUAUAUGUAUAUAUUUUUCAAUGGACUACAAUAACUGCAGCAUGAAUAAGAUAAGAACGCAUGCAUGCUUAACGUAAGUCAACAUCCAUAUAUAGCCAAAAAAGCAUAACAGUAUCUACUGGUUUUGCCUUGACUGGUAAACAGUGUCUUAUAUUUUACUUUCGAAUUGCCGUAGAAGACUUUAGAAUCUCAAUUGGACUGUAGACUUUACAUUAUACAUAUUUUAUUUUAUUUUAUUUUAUUUUGGGAUUUAAUAAUAUUUCAAUUGAUUUUACAAAUCAAAAUAUGGAUAAAUUUAGAAUUCAAUUGCAGCUCAACAAAAUUUUGUUGGAGAACUCGACGCUAUGAUAUCGUUUGUUCCUAAUCUCAGGUCCCAUAAUCUUUUCCAUUGAUUCAAUCCCUGUUCAUGACUUAAGAAUUUUUCAUUCAGUUCCUGGUCGCACCGUUACAUUUGGGGUGGAUCCAAGAUCCACAACAUCUACUAUGAAGUAUCGAAAAACACUUACGAUGUGGUUUAUACAAGAUCAUCACUCUCUCUCUGUCAUGGGUAUACAAACCUUAGAGAGUAUACAAGAGAUAAUACAAGAGAAGUACAUGACCAAGAACUAAGCCUAGAAUACAUAUAUAUAUAUAUAUAUAUAUAUAUAUAUCUAGAUUACUCUAUCUCCAAGAAACGCUAUGGAAGCACUUUCUGGAUGCUUGAGGCUCCUGUCUCCCAGAGACUUGGCUUAGAGGUUCUUGUCAUGACUUUUCUUUCUUUGUAUUACCAGCACUUGAACUAAUGGCCUUCUUCGAUUAGGCCCAUAGAUUUUCUGCGCGUGACUUGUGCAAGUCAGCCUAGCCGAUGAAUAAAUUCGAUGGGCCUGACCAAACCUCACAAAACUCCACCUUUUUGGUCCAAGUCCACAACCCUUCCUUCGUGCUGAUACCUCUUGAUGCUUGAGUAAGCUUGCUUAUCUUCUGCAUCUCCUUGUUUUUUAUUAUCUCUUCUCACUUCUCUCAGAUUCAUCUUGAGCCAAGCUUGAAGUCCCUUUAUGAUCUUCUUGAAACCUACAUAAAUUUACACUUAUACACCACAACUGCUGAAGUAGAUUAAACACUUAAAUCCACAUAGGCCCAUCAAUGAAAAUAGACAUCACCUUUGAUGUAGGGUAUGUGACAAUCCCAUUGUCAUUAUGAACUUCUAUCACAUUCAUCUAUUGUUUUGAGUUGCGAACCCAGCUGCUAUACUUCAAGUGUCAAACUCAACUUCUCAUUGACGUCGUGUUACUUCAUAUCUUAUUACUCCUCGUGAACUUAUCAACAACACAACCUUGUUGUGUAAAUCACGAACAUGUUCAAGUGUUUGAAUAUAAACUUGAACAUCCUUCCGCAAGUUGAUUUCCUCAUUGACCUUUCGAUUCCACUCAUGUUCACUGAGCCUUGAACCAAAUUACCUGAAUUUUGUACAGCUACCUAAAAAUCAUACAUGCUCCACACCGGAACAAUCAUUGAUUCAACUAUUUCUCUUGCUUAAACAUGUCAGCCUUGAACAUCUUCUUGUACCGUCAUCCAACCAUCACUGCUGGACAGAUUUUCGAUACAACUUUGGUUCACCCUUCAUGUUGUUAACAGAAAUUGCUACCACAUAAUUUUUCUUGAAUCAACCGUAACCUUUGAAGUCACACAUGCUCCAUAUUUCUGAAAUAGUCUUUGACUUAUCCUUGAUGUUCUUGGAACAUAUUAAACUUGAGCAACAGUUUGUACCGCUACUAUCACAAGUACGUCACGCCGCCUAAAACCACAUGAUUAAAAAGACUGUCGACACAAAUAUAUCUGCUCCACCAUCUGAUCAAUCUGUUCUGCAAAAAUAAAAUUCCACUAACAGAUUUAGAUCCCACUUCUAGUAAAAUGAACUGAGCCCCAUACCAUAUAAUCCAUGAUACACCUUAGCUCUCUUCACGAGCUGCCUAUGAUAUCUAAUCUAGAAUCCCUGAUAUCCCUCCUUUACUCAACUGUGAAUUCAUUUUCUAAAUACCCAUCUUGUAUUAAGAUGUCUCCAAACACCAAAACAUGUGCAUCACCAUCAACAACUUGAACACGCCUGUUAGUCAUUGAACCUGCUAUUAGCCUGAUGAGUACCUGGCCAUCGAUGAGUAUCUGACCAUUAGCUAAUGGACUUCCUUGAAGAAACUUCCUCAAUACUCCAUGUGAUGCAAACAUAUAUCCAGAACUACACUUGUUAUGUUCUCUUAAAUACAAUCGGCUUUUCCUUACAUUUAGACCUUCAUGAAGCUUCUUUCAGUUCCAUGACUUGAGCUUAAGAUGAGCAUGCUAGUGGAGAACAAGUCUUACCUUUCCUGAGAUGGACAAACUGUAAAACAAUUCCCUGCAAUCCCUGCAAUGUCUUCUAACAGUUUUUUACUUUGCUUCAUCUCACAAUUCUUCAUCUUCACAGCUCAAUAUUUUAGUAUCUCUUUCCUCAUACUAUCUUUCUUUCAGUUUAACUAAGUACCUCACCACGUGUUAUCUUACAUCAUACUCGGCUCAGAUUUCGUGGUCUUUUGUAUCGAACCUCACUGCAAUGUAUUCCUGAUACAUAUGCCGAUUUCACUUGCCUUGUUUACAAGUUACCUUAUGUAAGACUCCUCUUAUAAAUUUUCUUAUGAUGUGCCUUGUACUUGUUAACUGGCCUUGACACUCGUAGCCUUGACACUAUGAACAUAUCCACGAACCAAUUUCCCUUUCAGCUCUUACUCUCUUGAGCUGAUAAAGUUGCUAACCGAAACUUUUACCCUUCAGCUGAACCAAUCAAAACAUCUUCUAAAACAUAAAACCAGUGAUCACUCUAUCCGGAAUCAGAUUAUAUAUAUAUAUCCUUAAUGCAUCUAUCCUUAUAUAAUCUCACUGGCUCCACCUUAAUCAAAUAACUCUUUAGAAGUACCAUGUUUUUUUAACUAAUUUUCUGCAAUAGUUCAUUGUUUCUGUCGUCCUUUUAGUCAUAUUUCUCAUCAUCCACGCCUGUGAUACUCAUGAGAUAUUCUCGUACAGCUUCCCAUGUGUUGCACUCGAACUCAUGAUGAGUUUCUCUAGCUGUAACUAGACAUAAACCAUAACUUUUUCAAGCAUGAAGUUAUGACAUGGUCAAGUUUAUAAAUUUCUCCUUUUGUUCCUGGCUCAGAUAUCUAUGCCGAUUCCUGUAAGGUAAACUCACACACUUUUCUGCUAGUUGUAGUAAUGACUUUCUGCUUCUUGAACAAGUGUGUAUGUCUGUUGUCUCAUACCCUUUAUCCUCAGAAUUACAACCAGUCGUAACAACCUGUUCAACAUGAUUCCGCCAGCAUAUUUUUCUCUGCUUUUAACCAGAAUCUUCAAGCUAAGUCUAACUUUGAAUCACCUUUUCUCUUAGGUUUUUCAUGUCACUCUUACAACCUCACUAAUGCUGCUACAAGUUGUUACCACAAAUAACCAUUUGCUCCAACAUAUCCUUGUGUAGGCUUUUACAUACUUUUUCCUUGCUCUUGUUGCUUAUUUGUGGAGGUACAACUUGUUUUAGCCACACUCACUUGGUGAUUCUUCUGGAUUUCUUCUUACAGCCAGGAACCUUUCCUUUCAUGCACCCACGAGACUGACUUGAACUGACCCAAAACAAAAUUACCUCUAUUUUGUCACAUUGUUGUCACACGACAACCAACCUGUGCAGCUGCAAUAUCUGUUGAUCAUCUUUCGCAACGAUAACCUGCAUUCCUUGUUAUCUCUGAAUACUUUCAGUCCUUAAGAGAUUGACGACCUUUGAUUUCAUAACCUUACGCGUAGCUUUGACCUAAUAUGAGUUUGUCUUUACCUUUAGAUAUCCUCCAUCCGAGACGACUUAAAUCAAUCUCCAACUGCAGAUCACGAACACAACCACAUGUCAGCUAUUCUUGUUACAGCUUACGCGUGUCUUCCCUUUCUUGCAAAUACUGCUGCUUCCCUUGCAAGUCUCUCAUCAUGAUUUUCCAAACCUGAAACCAUCACUGCAUUGAGACAGUUCUUUGUGAACGUUUCUUCCUUUGUCUCUGACUUUGUCAUUGUCUACUACAAACUAAUGCCAUCUAAUUCCUUUUCUGAUGCAAAAUACUUUUAAGCAUCAUCUAUGGUUUGCCACACCUAAAAAUAAUCAUGUAAAUCGUGAUUACAAAUCUACUAAUUCUUCUUCUCCAGAAUUUCCAGCUAAUGUCGAUGUUAAUCUGAAACUCUUGCAUAUCCUGAAUCACCACUGCCUCAAACUAGAAACCAUUUAACUCAAUCCUUAUUCAACCUCAAUAGCCCGUAGACACCAAACUCCUCAUCCUGAGAAUUUUCUUUGUAACAACCUGAAUGAACAUUUUAUCUUGAACAUCACUCUGAACUGCUGAUGUAGCCAACAUAACCCGCCGCUUAGCUCAACUUUCUAAGAAGACUUUUGACGCAAAGAAUCUAUGCUUAAUCUCUGCUCAAACAAAUCAUUAUCUAUCUGCAACCGUGAUACCCUGUAGACCUAUUUGUUUCCUCUCAUAUGCCUUGAAAAGCCAAAACAAACUACUACUGAAUCUCAUGCAGAAUACCCAAAAUACAUGCUUCCAUCUUGAAUCAGUCUUGAUUUUUACCGCCACAUGAUCAGCCAAACUCUGCCUUGAAUAAGUAACUCCUCCUUCACGCAGAUCCAUCUCAGCAGAAAACUAUGUGUUACGGCAAACACAUAUCUGCUUGGAAAAUCACACUUCAUUCCCUCUGAAAAUAGCAACCUUGCAAUAUCUUAUUCUCUGAACAUCUACCCAACUGUAGACUCUUAUGAACACACAUAGACGAACCCGCAUGAGUCGAUUUCCUUCAACCCUUCUGCGAUACCUUUCAUGCUGACUAAAGAAUACCAUAUGAACAGCCAUGAAACACUUAUAUCCUUCAAGGUUCUAAGACAUCUCCUAGUUACAAGAAUUCCAUGAGAUACCACAAAAAUUAGAACACCACCUGCGACUGAUAUACCAUGCAAAUUUCUCUCAAGAACACCGUGGAAACUCUCACUGAAUCUUCAGACAAUCUCAUAGAAAACCAGUACGAAAAACUCCCUUGUGUACCACUAUACUUUCAGUUCCAAUAACUUUCAGAAUAUGAUGAAAUCCAAGACUCCAACGCAUAUAGUCACACACGCGUUGUGACUGCAUAUCGAGGACAGCUCUGAAACCUUUCUUUCUUAUGCUAGCAGCCUGCCACCAUCUCGACUUGUGAGUAACAUGAAACAUUUCUCACAUAGUAGCAGAUUCUUGCACCAUUGGAGAACUUUAGAGAAACCAUGAUUUCAUAACUAGAAAUCAUUUCAACCGAUUCAACUGAAUCAUGAAUUCUUCUUCCAUAAACUUGUGCAGCUGCAGCGAAAAACGUCCAACAGUUUUCCUUCCUAUCUUGUAAAUCAAAAAUCUCUUUCACAUGAUUUUGAUCUCAGUGUAUCCUCUGAUUUUUACUCUGAUUAGGAUAAAACCAUGUGACCACCAGCUUCCAUUGAACCAUGCAAUUCUUCUGUCUCGCUAGGAAGCUUCUUCCUCCUCGAGACGUGGGAUCCAUCAAUCAAUGAGCAUGUGCUCUGACACCACUUGUUGAGUUCAAUCACAACCCUAACAAGAAUUUGUUGGGGGAUUCGAAGCUAUGGUAUUGUUUGCCCCUAAUCCUAGGUCCCUUGAUCUUUCCCAUUGAUUCAAUUCUUGUUCAUGACUCAAGAAUUUUUCACCCAGUUCACGGCCGCACCGCUACAUCUGAGGUGGAUCCAGGAUCCACAACAUCCACUAUGAAGUAUCGAAAAAUACCUCUAAUGUGGUUUACAAGAUCAUCACUCUCUUUGUCCUGGAUAUACAAACCUUAAAGAGUAUACAAGAGAUAAUGCAAGAGAAGUACAUGGCUAAGAGCUAAGCCUAGAAUACAUAUCUAUAUCUAGCUUAGUAUAUCUCUCCAAGAGACGUCAUGGAAGCACUCUCUGGAUACUUGAGGCUUCUGCCUCCUAUAGACUAGACUUAUAGGUUCUUGUGCCUUUUUCUUUUUUUUUUUGUAUUGUCAGCACUUGAUCUAAUAGGCUUAUUCGAUUAAGUACAUAGAUUUUAUGCAUGUGACUUGUACAAGUCGACCCAGCCGAUGAACAAGUCUAAUGGGCUUGACCAAACCUUACAACAAAUCAAGAUAUGUCAUCCUAAAACCAUAUAUUAUAAGCUUUUUGACAUUUAAUACAAAAUGUUACACUAUUAAAACCAAACAGUUUAAUAUAAUACAGUUUGUGUUGUUUUAGAUUGAAGUAUAACAAACAAGAAACUUUUAGACAAAAACCAUGUUGUAUUUUAUUUAUAUGUCGAUUUUUUAUUUUUUCGGGGGACAUCCGAUUUCUUUUUUCUCAAAAUUUAAAAUCUGGUAUUGUUUAAGAUGGUCUUUAUACUAAUUUAUAUAGCCAGCUAAAAAAAUCAAAACUUGUUUGGUAUUUUCAAUAAAUCAGAUGUAAAGAUGGUAUAGUUUAAAUGAUAUCCUCCCCCAUCUUAAUUUUGGUUUUAUGAAUUAGCUGCUUUUCUUUUCAUUUUUGGCUUGAUAAGUAAUGGCCGUAGAUUGUGGGGGGUCGAAUGUACGUGACACUGACAUCUAACUGUGCUCUUUCUUUUCAUGAAUUGCAAUCAGUGGCUCUCAUAUCUACAGAGCGUACGGGUUAAAGCCAAUAAAGCAUAUAAACAGAAUUAAAACUUUAUUCUUCCGUCUUCAAAAUAAAUAUUCCGUUUAUGAACUUUCUUCUUCUUUUUAUUAUUCCUAUAAACUACUACUCUAUUAACUUUAAAAAACACUUAACCCUCAUAAAUUGUUUUUGUUUUCUUUUUAAAAGUAGCAAAAGUCAGAUACCUCUUUAAUCAACAAAACAAACUGUAGCUUCAGGGAUUUUUUUUUUUAUAAAACAAACCAUCUAAAUUAUCUAAUUAAUAGAGUAAUAAAAUCUCAAACAAACAAAUUUCGGGCUUUACAUCCUAUAACAGUUUGAUUUAUUCUUCAAGUAGUAAGAUUUUUGUAUAAACAAAGAGUUUUCUCUUCAAACAAAUUUAAAUGUUUAUAUAAUUUUGUUUUCUCCUUUCUCAUUUUUUUUUAAUGUUCUUAGAGCAUCAGCAUUGGAGGUUCACUAGGGGGGUUCACACGUUUUUCAAAAAAAAAAAAAUAUUAUAAUAUGUAACAGUGAUGAUCCUGGCUCUCCAAACCUCUUCUGUAUGAACCUGGGUCAUAACUGUUCAGCGGGCCCCACGCCACGUGGCGGCCCGCUAUUGGUCAAUUUUUUUUUUUUUUUUUUUUUUUUUUUUAAAAAAAUAACAAACGAAAAAAAAAAAAAAUAAUAAAA